AACUAAUUCAUAAAAUAAAUUAAGAUAAAUUAAGGAAUAAUGAAUAUUUUUACUUCCCUUAUUUAUGUAAAAUUAUUUUUAUUGCUACAUGGACAGGAAAUGGAUCAUGUAACAAUCCCAAAAUGUCCUGUAAUUGUAAUAGGUGCAGGUAUGGCAGGCAUAAAAGCUGCGAGGGUUUUACAAAACUCGAAUUUACAUGAUGUGACGAUAUUAGAAGGGAGACCUGACAGAUACGGUGGAAGAAUUUGGACAAACUAUGAGGCCAUGAAUGGCUCAACGGAUAAUGAUGUAUUCAAUAAUAAAUAGGAGUUGAAGCGGAUAUGGGGGCCUCCUGGAUAUGCGAUGAUGAUAUAAAAAAUACGGGAAUGAGGAUAACCUUAGCUAAUAGGAUUCCUACAGUUUUUAGUGAUAUUCUUCAUCCCAGAGUCUAUCAUGGGAAUAAUUCUCAUAUUCAUGAUGAUGAAUGGACUAAAAUUUUUAAAAUAUAUCGGCAAAUAAUAUUUGACAUAUUUCCAGUAUAUCUUAAAAACUUGAAUCUAUAUGGGUUGUCAAGAGAUCUAAAACUUUCCAAACAAAAUUCUUCAGAAAUCACUAAUGGUGAUAUAUCGCUCAAGGAUUCUAUUCGAUUAUUGGGAUUUUCAGAAUUAUUUAACUACUCAGCAUUCGCUUUUCUAAAUUCUCAUUUAAUUGAGGCUGAUAUUGGAACCGAAUUCGAUCUCACAUCUGCUAAAAUGUUUAAUGAAAUCACAGCCAAAAACACGAGAAUCAUUCCACAAGGAUAUGCAACCAUAUUAAAACCUUUAGUUAAUGGUAGUAAUGAACAAGAGCAGCCUUUGAAAAUUCUUUUAGACAAAGAAGUUAUAUCGAUAAUGUUUGAUAAGGACCCAAUAAAUGAGACCGGUGGAUGUCUUGAAGUCAAAACGAAAAAGGGCGAAAUAUUUAAAGCAAGAGCUGUAAUUCUUGCAGUUCCCUUAGGCGUUUUAAAGGCCAACACAAUUCGCUUCGAUGAGAAUCUUCUCUCGAAAAACGUUAGAACAUCAAUAAACAAAUUAGGAUUUGGUGUCAUGAACAAAAUACAUCUCAAAUUUGAUGAAAUAUUUUGGCCCAGAUCUUAUCAUGCAUUUGGACUAUUGCCGAGCAAAGAUAUAUGUAAAGAUAUCGAUUUUAAAGUUAGAGAAAAAUUCGUUGUAUCUAAUCGGAGUCAUAGAGUAUCUAUGAUAUGUAGGGAAAAAAAUAUCCAAGGAGAAGUCAAAUUAAUUAAUGAUUCCAACGUAAUCAUUGAGGAACUUUUAAAUAAACAAGAUAUGCAUAUAUCUGAUGCCAAUUAUUGUGACGAAUUAGAUGCAUCAUUGUAUCAUAGUUGGAUAAAUGGAUAUUUAUAUACUGGUCAAAAAGUUUUAAUAGGUUACGCUAUGGGAAAAGCUGCCAAAUUUACAGAAAAACUGUCUGACACAACUGUUAAAAAUAUCGCAUUUGGUAAAUUAAGGGCAAUGUUUGGGAAUAAACUGAAUAAUGUUAAAAUUGUUAAUAUGAUUAGAAGUAAAUGGCAUAACGAUAAAUUUGCAAGAGGCACUUGGACGUACCCAUCUAUUGGAUCAACACCCAACGACUGGGAAUCAUUUUCUCAAUUGAAAGGACCACUAUUUAUUGCUGGAGAGCAUGCUCAUUUUGAAAAUACCGGUACUGUGUCUGGAGCAUAUUACAGCGGUGUAAACGCAGCAAGGGCCGUACUAAAUUAUUUAUAUAAACAUUAUCCUCGAGAAUGUACUUUAGAGAACAUAGAUCUAGCUAAUUUAAAUGACAUUAAUUAAACAUCAAAAUAAUAUAUUCAUCUUAAAAUUAAGCCACAAAUUUGUUAAGUUGGGAAUCCAGAAAUCUAAAUAAAAUAAAC